CCUGUUUUGGUGUGUGUGUGGUGUGCUGGUGUGAGGAUGGUGAUGAGGAUGAAGACGGUGGUGGUGAUGAUGGUGAUGAUGGUGAUGAGGGUGAUGAAGACGCCGCACACCUAGUCCCGCUGUCCUCCUCCUCUUCCUCCUCCCCCCGGGCUGAGCGGUGACGAUGGCGGGCGGGCUGACGGUGCUGAUGUCGGUCCGUGUGCGGGUGGCGCUGAGCUCCGGGGCCGCGGCGGGAUCAGAGGCUCUGCGGCUCCAGCUCAGCAUGAACCCCGAGCGGCCUGGAGAGUUCAGCCUCAGCCUCAGAGACACCUCCAGCGGCAGCGGCCGCGUCAGGUCUCUAGCGGAGUUUGAUCUGCGCACAGUGAAGUACGAGAUCAAGUCGCCUCGCUGUCAUGAGUUGGUUGUCACCAAGCCUCCGCACGACACCUUCAGCUUCACCUUCCGCAGCGAGCAGGAGGCUCAGGAGUGGGCCACCGUCAUGCUGUCUUCGCUGAGAGAAGCCCAGAGAGUUGCCAGUAUUGCCGCUCAUCCCACUGACGAUGAACUACACUAUCUGAAGCCCAUAGAACACAAUGCAACCUUGUCAUUAUCAGCUAAAGAGGAGUUGUGUGCUGAUCUGGCUAGAGCCAUAGAAGCUGGAGACGCGCAGGCAGCAGUGCAGCACGCUACAACGCUGGCCCACCACCAGAUGUCACUCACUAUUCAGCCGGCUCCAAAGAACUUUGAAGACGGGGAGAUCAGCUUAGCCGUCGCAGUGGAAGAUGCCACAUCGUCUUGUUGUGUCACGGUAAAAGUCGUCCCCCAUAUGACUGUGGGCUCCCUCAAGCAGCAGAUGUUUGCAGAAUACGGCUUCCACCCUCGGGUGCAGCGCUGGGUCAUAGGUCAGUGUUUGUGCUCUGACCAGCGCUCGCUGGGUUCGUAUGGCGUGUGCCGGGACGGUGACACAGCUUUCCUCUACCUCCUCUCCGCACGACACGCCCGCCUCAGCCGACAGCAGUGUCAGCAGGACCAGGAGAGCGCGCUCCUCUCACCCGCGCCAAAACCCGCACCAGCCCCAGCAGCGACUGCAGCAGGAGGCACCGGCCCAGCCAGCCACGACUGGAGGGGCUAUAGCACGCUGCCCCCCAGACUCCAUCACUCCAGCACAGGCAGCAGUGGUGGCGGAGCAGAAAAACACAGCAUCAGUGAGAUCAUGAACCUGGAGAUGCUGCAGCUGGGUGGCCCCAACACGAGGCAGAAUACGACGGGUUGGUCGUGCCCUUCCUGCACCUUCAUAAACAAGUCCACGAGGCCAGGCUGUGAAAUCUGCAGUACCGAAAGACCCGACGCACCAGAGCUCAGCAGCUCUCAGCCGGUGACGCUUCAUUUAUAAGAGUUCACCAAAUCGCACUGUGAUCAAAGUAUGUACUGUAUGUAUACUGAGCUGAAGUGUUUCAGGAAAAAGGAAGCAAAUAUGAACGAGGAAACUGAAUACAUGACAAACCACCGAUGUGAGUGCAAAAAAAAGACGGACAGAUAUUUCAUGCACACACAACCAGCUGAUAAAGAACACACGGCACUAGAUUUACUCGACGUGCCGAGUGAACAGAGGCAGGAACAGCCUACCUGGACUCUAUUAAGGACAGCAUCAAGGAUGUUCUGUUGCAUGCAGCGUGCCAUGUUCUCUUCCUCAAACCACUAUUCCUCAAAGACGUUUCUGGCCACUUUGUGAUGAGCCUGCAGCAGAUGGAGGGAAUGAGCAAGAAACAUGCAAACGUUGGGCAGCUCACGUGGUGGUUCAGGUCUGGGAGCCCAUUCCUGUCAUGUGGAGGUGGGGAAAAAAUCGCACCUGUGUUUUUUCCCUUUUCUUCGCUUCUGGCACAAAUUUUGACUUAGUAUUUCAAUAUAGACUUACUUUUUUCGAAAUAAUGACUUAUUUUCUCAAAAUAUUCACUAUGUUGAAAUAAUGACCUCUCAUAUUAUUGACUUACUAUGUCAAAAUAAUGUCUUUCUUUCUCAAAUGUUUGAAAUGGCCUAUGUUCACAUUACAAGCCUCGUUGCUCAAUUCAGAUUUUUUGCUCAGAUCUGAUCUUUUUUUAACCUGAUUGUUCACAUUCGUGUAGGUAAGUGACUCACAUCUGUCAUUAAUGUGAACAAAUCUGUGUCCUGAAACGACCCAUAUGUCCACAUCCUGAGCAAUAAUAAAAGCUCUCAGCUGUUCAUUGUUAGAAGUGGAUGAAGGCCAAAAAGGGUCAAAUGCAUUGCUUUUGCACUGUUUACUGGCACUAACUUCAGUUUAGGCUCUGUUUCUGCAUUAGUACUGCAUGAUGCCGCAUGCGCAGUGAAAAAUAAACACAUGAAUUCUGAUUUGACUAUUCUCAUUGAGGACGCAUGGCUUUCAAUCGGAUAUGCAUCCGAUCUAGGACCACAUAUUAAAAUGGCUGAGUUCUGGUUUGGAAAGAUCAGAUUUGUGUGUCCACACAGUUCUGAAAACAUCAGAUCUGAGUCACAUUAAAGCAGAAAACUGGAUUUGAGCCAUUUCAGCCUGGUGUGAUCGUAGCCUUAAUAUCUCAGAAUAAUGACUGACUUACUCAGAAUUGUGACUUAGUGUCUUAUAAUGCCUCAUGUCCUUAAUGUUGACUGUAUCACAACAAUGGCUUAUUGUCUCAAAAUUUGAGUUAGUAUCUUGAUAUAAUGACUUAUUUUUUUAUUAAAGAACUCCAGAAUUUAAUACAGUAAAUCUGAAUUUUGGCUUUGCUGAACCUGUUGUCAAAAAAAAAUAAAAAAACAAGAUAUUACUUUGACAUAAUAAGUCAGAAUUUAGAGAAAAUAAGUCAUUAUUUCAAGAUGCUCAGUCAAAAUUGGGGUCAACACAGACUAUACCCAGUGUCCCUGGCCACACCAUCUUGUAUUUUGGCCACUUAAAGUGCAGAGCCUGUGGCCCGAAUGGCCAAAGCUCCAAAUCACCAGAUCAGUUGAAUCUUCACACAUUCACAAAUACGAAACCAUCAGUGACAAACCACUAAUUUUCCCCCUCAGGAUUCAUUCUGAUCGAGUCAGACAUCAAAUCAGAUUUUGCUGGGAUUCACCACUUGUAACCACGUGAGACCAGUGUUCUUACUCAUAUAAAGUUUUUGAUGAAUAUUUAUUGUCACAAAGCAACACUUGGUUUUGGUACUGAAGCAUGUUUGUUAAUUGUAAAUGCAAUAUAAACGACAAACAUGUUUCUAUAAUUUUGGCCACAAAUUCUCCCAAAAUUGUGGCAUCAAGAUCCACUGGCUUGGUGGUCUGAGUGACCAGUGCAGUUGUUUUAUGUCCAUCUACCUGUGAACGCUGCUGCUGCUAGAAACAGGAGGAAAAAAUAACACAGGGGCUUUUAUUAUUUUCUCUCUCCUCUACAUGGCAGGAAUGGGCUUCUAUACUUUGGAGUACAAAGUCUCCACAAGCAACUCAGCAAUUUUGACCUCUCUUUAACAACAGCUACACAGUGUCCUCUCCUCAAGUGUAAAUACUCGCUCUGACUCUGUGAAGAUCUUCACACGCAGACUGAGGUCAAAGGCUUGUUCUGGUGAUUUCUCUCAUCUUAUUAAGUGAAUCACACUAAGGUUUUUGUAGGGUUUGUCGACGCUGGGAAUUGCUGUUGAUAAUGCAAGCUAAAAAAAAAAAAAAAAUUCCGAUCAGUUUUUUCUGCUCGGCUCAUUUAUGCAUGCAAGUCCUUUCCAAAAUUAUUUGUGCAGUGGGCAUGCAAAAGUGUUGCCGCCCCUGGUCAAAUGACAUGGUUUGCUGUUUUUCUAAGUAAAGAUAAGUUACACAUCCCCUACAAAGAGGACACUUCUGCACAUUUGGAUACACAGUUAUUGUUUAUUUGCUGAAUUUAAAACAGUGGGGGGGGGGCAUAAAAUGUGGCCUUUUGCAAAAGUUGUGGCACAAUUUAAAUUGAACUUUUUCCAAUAUGUUACUCAGAAAAUAGGUUGUGCACUGGAAUUUGCAGAAAAUGUGAUAUUUAAAAUGUGUUUACUUAUUUUCUCUUAGAAAAAUCAACAUGUAAUUUCACCGGGGCUGUUUACGGCUGUAAACAUGUUCUAUCGAAAAGCUACUUUUAGCCAAAGAGCAGCAGCUUUGCCGACAUUUAUGAUUCUCUUCUGAUGAGAUCCUGCUAAAAUCUUAGUAUACCGAAAAUUCUCACUUUACCUUGCUGUGCUGUUUCUGAAAAUGUACUGUCUGGUGAUCUUUUUUUUAUUUUAUUUUAUUUUAAUCACGAGGUAAAAGACAGUUUUAAAAUAUACUUAGAUACUUGAUAUCGUUACUUGACCUCAGUCUGCCCUCAUGCCAGUUUGUUGUUGUUCCUCUUGUUGUUAAGAAUCAUUGUAGUCGAGCAGGAGAGCCGUAUGUAGCAGCUUGGUAAAAUACUCUUCACCAAGACAUUGUAAGCAGCCACAACCGGCACAACCUCGCUGAAAAUACGACGCACUGAGAAAUCGAGUCUAACCAGUCACUUUGGCUCUUAUUUCAACGUUCGACUCGAGUUUCUGACUGCAAAUAACACGUUUAUGGUAAUAAAUGACAUUCAGUGUUAAUUUUACGGACAGUAGUUUUGAUUCCACCCUGGAGACCCGUAGCUGUCGUUACCACAUUUUGGAACAGUGUUGAUUUUGCCAACAUUUUUCAUCGGUCAGCCAGAUACAGGGUAAUUUGUAAGUUGGUUUAUUUUUAUAACAUUAUUUAACAGAAGGUAAGGUAAGUGUGACUGGAUUUGAAUGGAUGCCUUUAUGCAGAUGGAUUUCUCGUUCAUACCUAUUGGAAACAUAUCUUUUAACAAAUUCAAUAAAUGCAAACUAUUAAAAAA